GCGCGGUCGGCAGCGAAUUGGAAGGGGGCCCUGUGGGGCUGGCAGGACGGGAGGGAGCUGGCAUCAUUGACAGUGGCUUCAGUCCCACUGGGAGACGGUGAGGCUGAGUCAGUCAGUCAGACACCUCCCUCUCUGGGGGAUAGUGCCAGUUAGUACGAGCACAGUGUCGAUGCUCACCCAGAUUUCCGUCCGCACACAUACACUCGCACCCCAGAGAAGGAGUGGCAGUUAGCUUCGGCCGUUGGUUGUCUCAUGCUCUCGUUCUUAUAUCGGUCGUGAAAAGAAAUGUGUGCAGCGCCACGAUCUUAUCAUCAGAGAUAACGCUGCUGGACCUACUACCAGAGUGUAUCAGAAGUCAGGUUGAAAAUUGCAGAACCUAUUUACUCUUCACCUCAACAUUUGCGUUUUUUGUGUCUCUGUGCAUCCCUGUUUUCAGGGAACAUCUACAAAUGACAGAAACAUUCACUCACAAGUUGACAUAGGCGGGAUUGAACGAAGGCGAGAACAUUGAACUAGUCCACAGAUAAUCUUGCCUUGCUGCUGAGCGCAAACCUGGUAUUCCUGUGUGACAUUUUGCUGAAGGAAUCAUGCCAGCGUUAUCAACAGGAUCUGGAAAUGAUACAGGUCUGUAUGAAUUGUUGGCUUCCUUGCCAACCCAGCUGCAGUCACAUGUGAACAGCCAGGAAGAUCUGACCUUCCUACGGGAUAUGUUUGGUGAAAAAAGCCUUCAUUCACUAGUGAAGAUCCAUGAAAAGCUGCAACAGUAUGAGAGACAGAGCCCGACACCCAUUCUUCAUAAUGUAGCCACUUUGGCAGAUGAUCUCACUGAGGAUCUGCACAACACACCAAUGAACAGUGAGAUCAGAGAACUGGUGAAGCUACUAUCACAGCCCCACCUCAAGGCUUUACUGUCGGUUCAUGACACAGUGGCUAUGAAGAAUUAUGACCCUGUAUUGCCCCCUAUGCCUGAUGAUCUUGAUGAUGAUGAAGAUUCAGUGAAAAUAAUUCGACUUGUUAAAAACAAAGAGCCUCUGGGAGCCACAAUACGAAGAGAUGAAAGCACUGGUGCUAUUGUUGUGGCAAGAAUCAUGCGAGGAGGAGCUGCAGACAGAAGUGGUCUUAUCCAUAUUGGAGACGAGCUGAAGGAAGUUAAUGGAAUUGAGGUUGAUGAUAAAAGACCUGAGGAAAUCAUUCAAAUAUUGGCCCAGUCACAAGGAGCAAUAACUUUUAAAAUAAUUCCUGGCAUUAAAGAGGAGACUCCAACUAAAGAAAGCAAAAUGUUUGUCAGGACUUUAUUUGAUUAUGACCCUAAUGAGGAUAAAGCAAUUCCAUGUAAAGAAGCUGGGCUCUCUUUCAAGAAGGGAGAUAUCCUUCAGAUCGUCAGCCAGGAUGAUGCAACCUGGUGGCAAGCCAAACGCGAAUGUGAUGCCAAUCUGAGAGCAGGACUAAUUCCUUCAAAGCAGUUCCAGGAGAGGAGAUUUGCACUUCGAAGGCCUAUAGCAUUUGUUCAGCCACAAAGGAAUUCCAAUCGACGAUCAUAUGCUGAAUAUGGUGACCUUGUCAGUGGAUUCUAUAUAGCUGGUCUCAGAAGAAGUUUUCGACUGAGCAGAAAAGAUAGAAAGACUAAUAAAUCUAUGUAUGAAAGUAAAAGAAGCGAACAGUACGAUACAGCAGAUGUACCAACAUAUGAAGAGGUUGUCUCUUACCAGCAUCAACCUAAUGAAAAGUACAGACUGGUAGUGCUUGUUGGCCCUCCAGGAGUUGGGCUGAACGAGCUGAAAAGGAAAUUGCUGAUCAGUGAUUCACAGCACUAUGGUGUAACAGUUCCAUAUACAACAAGGCCAAAAAGAAGCCAGGAAACUGACGGAGUGGAAUAUCAUUUUAUUUCCAAGCACUUGUUUGAGACAGAUGUACAAAAUAACAAAUUCAUUGAACAUGGAGAAUACAAAGGGAAUUUGUAUGGAACAAGUAUAGAUUCUAUUCGACAUGUAUUGGCUAAGAAUAAAGUGUGCCUGUUGGAUGUACAAUGUCAUACAAUAAAACAUCUGAGGACAUUGGAAUUUAAACCAUAUGUAAUAUUCAUCAAGCCACCAUCACUUGAACGCCUCAGAGAAACCAGAAAGAAUGCAAAAAUCAUUUCAAGCAAAGAUGACAAAGGCUCUGCCAAACCAUUCACGGAAGAAGAUCUUCAAGAAAUGAUCAAAUCUUCAGAACUAAUUGAAGCCCAGUGCUCUCAUCUCUUUGACAAAAUCAUUGUGAAUGAUGACCUUGCAAUUGCUUACAAAGAGCUGAAAACUACUUUAGAUAAUCUGGAGAAAAACCCUUUCUGGAUUCCAGUCAAUUGGCUACAUUCAUAAAGGCACAAAAGGGAAUAAUAAUAUUGAUAGUAACAUAACUGGACGUUGUUUGGAAACCUGGUAAUAUUGGUCAUUCCCGGAACAGUGGAUGGUGCUUUGAAGUAGAACAUUGCCACUUUUUGUUGCACUUUUAAUGUUCAAUAGCAAAUGAUGUUACUUUUGCUACUUGCAAGCUUUCAUCUACCUGAAAUGAGCAGUGCUAAAAUAUUUUCACUACUUGGGGAAUAAACAUAGACACUUUCUGGUUUUGCUACUGAUUAUGACCUUAGGAGGUGACAGGGAUUUUAUUUUUUAAAACACUGAAAUAUAAGUGUAUUUUAGUAAAUUGUAGGUGAUAUUCGUUUUAAGUGAAAACACAAAUAUAUGGUCUAGGUUGCUGAUUAAAAAAAAAUGCAGUGCACCCAGGCAUGGUGUAUUGGUGGUUCUGUCUUAGCAUGACAUUAGAACCAGAGGAAUUUGUGUGUGUCUUGUACAAUAAAAGGAAUUCUAGUGAAAUAUUAUAUACAAAGAGAAUUAUCUGGAAAAUUUGGUGUUUGCCAUGUUAAUAAUGUGGUUCAUAAUCGUAUUUUAAAAGGUGUUGGUUAUUAAUUCCUGUACAAAACCUGGUAUUAAAUCAUGCUCAACAUUCCAUGUAAAUUUACCUCACUAAUUUGUGUUGAUAAUGGCACCAAGUGGUGCAUUGUAGUUGUAUUUUGCUAGGUGAGAUACAUAUGGUUUGUAAAUCAGAGUUUUAUUAUAUGUCAAGAAUCUCACAGAUAAAAAGUUGUACUUCCUUGCUUUCUUUUGAAAAAAAAAUUCCUAGGUAUCCCAGAUUAAUAAAUUACCAAACUUAAUUUUUCAGUGGUGUUUUUAGUGAAGUGAGCGGUUAUGAUAUCCCAAGCAGCUCUAUGAAAAUGUUAUUCGGUUGUAAUGUGCAAUUUUAAGUGAAUUUGAUGUACUGCAGUAUCUACAAAUAUUAAAAUC